GGGGCGCGGGCUCGGCGGGGCCGCGGUCCCGGUGAACGAUGGUGGCGGGCGGCGGCGGCGGGCGACCAUGCAAUGGCGGUCGCUGGUGCUGGGGCUGCUGGUGCUGAGGCUGGGGCUGCACGCGCUGCUCUGGCUGGUGCCGGGGCUCUGCCUCCGCCCGCGCUUCGCCUUCCCGUUCGCGGCGCGCCGCGCGCCCUGCCUCGGGGCGCCCGCGGCCGCGCACUGGGGCUCGCUGCGCGGCGGCGGCGCGGCGGCGGCGGCGGCGGGCGGCGGCGAUGAGUACGAGGCGCGCUACAGCGGCGCCUUCCCGCCGCAGCUGCGGGCGCGGCUGCGCGACGCCGCCCGCCGCAUGUUCGCCUUCGGCUACGACAGCUACAUGCGGCACGCCUUCCCGCGGGACGAGCUCGACCCGCUGCACUGCCGCGGCCGCGGCCCCGACCGCCGCGACCCUUCAAAUCUGAAUAUCAAUGAUGUCCUAGGAAACUACUCACUAACACUGAUUGACGCACUGGAUACCCUAGCGGUAAUGGGAAAUUCCUCAGAAUUCCAGAAAGCGGUGAAAUUGGUGAUUGACACUGUUUCAUUUGACAAAGACUCAACAGUCCAAGUUUUUGAGGCAACAAUUAGGGUUUUGGGAAGCCUGCUUUCUGCCCACAUAAUAAUUACAGAUACCAAACAGCCUUUUGGUGAUAUGACCAUUAAGGAUUAUGAUAAUGAACUGUUGCAUAUGGCUCAUGACCUAGCAGUGAGACUACUUCCAGCUUUUGAGAACACCAAAACUGGAAUUCCUUAUCCUCGGGUCAAUCUGAAGAAGGGAGUACCUCCAAACAGCAAUAAUGAAACUUGUACUGCAGGAGCUGGCUCCUUACUGGUGGAGUUUGGUAUUCUCAGUAGACUGCUUGGCGAUUCCACGUUUGAGUGGGUAGCCAGGCGAGCUGUCAAAGCACUCUGGAAUCUCAGGAGCAAUAACACUGGACUGCUAGGAAAUGUUGUGAAUAUUCAAACUGGCCAUUGGGUUGGAAAGCAGAGUGGCUUGGGCGCAGGGUCAGAUUCGUUCUAUGAAUACCUUCUGAAGUCUUACAUUCUCUUUGGAGAAAGGGAAGACCUGGAGAUGUUCAGUGAUGCUUAUCGGAGCAUUCAGAACCACUUACGAAGAGGCCGAGAAGCUUGUAAUGAAGGUGAAGGUGACCCUCCUUUGUAUGUUAAUGUAAACAUGUUCACUGGACAGCUAAUGAACACGUGGAUUGACUCUCUGCAAGCCUUUUUUCCUGGACUGCAGGUGUUGAUAGGAGAUGUGGAAGAUGCUAUUUGUCUCCAUGCUUUUUAUUAUGCCAUAUGGAAACGAUACGGAGCUCUCCCAGAAAGAUACAACUGGCAAUUGCAAGCACCGGAUGUUCCCUUUUAUCCACUGAGGCCAGAGUUAGUGGAAUCCACAUAUCUUCUUUAUCAGGCCACAAAGAACCCAUUUUACCUUCAUGUAGGAAUGGAUAUUCUACAGAGCCUGGAAAAAUAUACGAAAGCAAAGUGUGGCUAUGCUACAUUACAUCAUGUUGUAGAGAAGACAAAAGAAGAUAGAAUGGAGAGCUUUUUUCUCAGUGAAACAUGUAAAUACUUGUACCUGUUGUUUGAUGAAGAGAAUCCAGUGCACAGAUCUGGAAAUAAAUAUAUGUUUACUACUGAGGGACAUAUUGUGUCUGUGGAUAAACGUUUUCGUGACUCUCUGUGGCAAGAUACCCUCCCUGGAGAAGAGGACAGCACAGAAAAAAUCAGAUCAAAUGAACUGAAGACAGUCAACUUCAGUUCUAAUUGUAACAGAGUCCCAGAUGAGAGAAGAUAUUUGCUGCCAUUGAAGAGUAACUACAUGAGACAGAUUGACCGAAUGGUGGGCUUGAUCUGAAUAGCUCUUCAGAAUAAUCUUGAUCAUAUGUCGGGAGGAGCAUGGGAUUUGGCUCUAGAUCUUCUUGUCGUCUGCAGCUACUCACCUGCUAUGCUGAGUCACUUCAGUAUCCCCCUGUGCUUACUAGUUUUCAAUUACGGACUUGAAGGGAGAUCUUGUUCUCUUAGGAGCUGUCUCCUGAACUAUGGUAACUCCACAUGUCACCUGUAUACAAUUUUCUUAUUAGAUGACUUCCUAUGAAAAAUGUUACUGCAAAUGAAGGCUGGAUAUACUUUUCACAAAAAGAGAAUUGGCACGUGCCAUUUAGCUACCUCUUUGUAGCUGCAUUGCAGAUGUCCCUUUAGAAAAGGGUCUGAUAUUUAAUUUGAAAUGAUCUUGGGAUUGGGGAAGGAAUGGGAAAGUGCAAUUUCUAACACCACGUUUAAUCAUUGAGUUAUUUUGACUAGCAAUACACAAUCUUAAGUACUACUCAGGUAGGAACCCGCUGGUAGUGGGUUUUGGCUGAAACAAAAAUGCUUUGUCUAGAAUAGUAUUUUGAAAAGAUAACUCCUGGUCAUGUAAGAAGUUAUCAGUAUAGUCAUGAGAUCCCUUGUGUACACAGUUGUAUAAAGCUACGCAGUCACAAGAGCUUGUAGCUACAGAAACCAUAAAGUAAUAAAUCAGGUGCCUUUUUUGUAAGGGGAUAGGGAGGGAAAAGGGGAAUGUACAAAGCCAUUCAGCUCUCUAAGCAGCUAACCUGGUAUAGCUUAGCUGAGCAGGUAUUCCAAAAGUUACUGUGUCAUGUAUCUAGUGCCUCAUCAGGAGAGAUACUGCUGAAGUGAAGAACCGUCUGAGAGUAGAUGAAGAACAAGCUAUUCCAUGUUUCUAAUAGCAUUAAUAUGUUAGUGCCUUAAGUUUGUCUUCAGUAGCAGGAAAACCUGAGCUUUCUUGGGGAGGGAUAAAUUAUUUUUGAUCAGUCGGUUGCAAAAUUCAGUGCAUCUGAAAGUAACUUGAGAGGCUUUUAUUUCUUUUUUUUUAAUAGGGGAAUACUGACUACUGUGCCCAUCCCAAAGAAUACUUCAGGGCUGGAUUUUUUUUCUCCAAGUCAGUGUAAUUAAAGUGGCUGUCUCCGCAUCCUUCUGGGGCGGGAAUUAAUAGGAAGUCUGAGGCUGCAAUGUGCUAACUUCCUUCUGUUGCAAGAUGCAGUUUUGUGUAUGUCAUUGUAACAGGGUCAUGCCUGUAGUUGCUAGUAGUGUUGACUGUAGUGCUAUCUUGUACCUGUAAAUUGUGCCUUUUGGUUCCAAUGAGGAACGAUGAAAAACUACUGUUUCUUUAGCCUACCAUAUCCAAGUGCAGCUUAAUACAUCUGAGGAAUAAUUGUAUGUGAACAUUCAGAAAGAAAGCAGUCGAUUUCAGGUUGGGUUAUUGCGAGAAUGAAAGCAAACUGAGACCAAACCGACUUACUCUAAGGAUAACUUUGUUUUUUCUUUUUUUCCCAGUUGGAUCCCUGUUGCUCUCAUGAUUAUUUUAUUAUUAUUAUUUUUUUUACUGCUGACUAUAGUUGAAGUAGCUGAACACUAUUGUUGUGUUUGUAACUUUUAAAUUAAGGCUAGAGUAGGGGAGCAAACGUGUUCUGCUGUAUUGUCACCAUACAGUAAAAUUCAUAAACUAUAUGUUGCAGCUCAGAACACUUCUAAUAAAUAUGAAGUUAGCGCUGAAUCCUUUAAUAUAUGGAUGCAUCUCAGGGACCUCUACAGGACCUUCUAUAAUAGUCGAAUAUUGUAUUCAGGCAAAAAAAAAUCCUGUCUUCCUAGUCUUGAUGAGUAUUUUUUAGGUGUUUUUUUUGGGGGGGGGGGGGAGGAGAAGGUGAUGAAGGCAAGGUUUUAAGAUUUCUCAAAACAUUGUGAUAGGAUCAGUUGCCUUUAUAGCUGAGGGCACAUCCCCUUUGGAAAUGGUUUUGCAAAGGCAUUACUAGAAUGUCUUACAAAUGAUCAAUUGCCUAUUUCAAAGCAAAGCAUAAGUUCAGAGUGUUAUGAUCCAAAGAGGUACUGGGAGUGAUGCAAGGUAUAGUUCCUUAACCCGUAAACUUUAACUGGGCAUGCUAGUACACUGCAGCUUGCAAACGUGUAAAGUAACAGAAGUGCAGAAGGAUGCACGAGGGAGUGCAUCUGCCUGACAGGGAGGCAGGAGACAAAACUGUCUGUUUUGAAAUGCUGCUGCUGGGCCAGAUCACUUACUAGUCAUGACUUUGAAGUGAGAAGUGCUCAGUAAUGUGAAAGCAAAAUACACAGCAUUCCAGAACUUGCCAUUUAAAAUCACAAUGUAGUGGAUGCCAAUACAAACAUUGCCCUAGGUGUGCUCGUGGCUGCAUCUGGCAAUGAUUUUUCCCCAACUCACGGUUUAGCUCUCUCAGAAUGUGCGUUAUAUAUCAUGCAAUUGCCUCUCAGUGUUUUGUGCCUUGCAAAAAAACCUGAGUCCUGGUAAGGGCUCCAGUGAAGUGUUAUGCACAGAAAUCUGUUUCAGAAUUUUCCUCAGAGAAUUACGUAAGCAUUAUGAAGUUGCGGCUGUUUUACUUGUUUUUCACUUCUUGUGUAUCACCAGCCCUGGAACGAAAGGUAACCGUAGAAUAGAGCAGUAGAGACGCGUAGUACAGCCUUUCCGCCCUUGGCGGCUUGCGCCGUUAGUUGCAGUGCCAAAUAGUAUGUGAUCGGCUUCUCCUUACAAACAGUAUUGGAAUUUGCGUUGCCAAGGUGAUCGGACAGCCAUCUUUCCACAGGAACGAUUUCGCCUGCUGGGACAGUGGUACUGACUAAGCGGUGAAAGGCUUUGUAUUCUUUAAGGAGCCAACUUCUCUUCCUCUUUGUUUUAAAAGUACUUUGAUGUAUUUUACUCUGUAAACACAGGGCAUAUGUUAUGCAAUAAAAUGGAAAUCUUUUUAAAAAUCAGUGCUAUCAAAGUGAAGUAAACAUUGCUGGAAUAACUUGCAGAAACACUUUUGUAUUUCUCAGUAUAAUGUGCAAUAUCACUUUUCUAACUAAAAAUGCAGUGUAUGCUUAAUUGUUGUUUUUAAACAAAGUAUUUAAUUGGGGAUGGGAAACUUGGAAAAGGACCAAAUGCUCUUUCAUGAAAUGUCCUAAAUUUUCAAAAUUCAGAGCUUAAAUUUUACAAAUUUACAUUAAAAUAGUAUAUUUAA